CCAGUACUGACAGGGACUUCCGGUUGGGAUUUUCUCGCUGGAUGACGAAAGCUUUUCCAGAGUUUAUAGCGGAAGAAAUUGAACACGGCAAUUUGCUAUGAAAGGCGGCAAACACAUUACAAAGUGAUGGCCUGUCUUGCUCCACCGAUUCCGUCUGCUCUUGCCUCAUUUCUCUCCACUUUACUACCCCGGGGCUUCGCCGUGGGGCCUUCGGUCUCCUGUGAAGGACAUCUUGGACUGUGGUGGGUCGGUCCAUCGUUGCAGGCUGGAUGCCUGCUGGGCAGGGAAGGCGAUGCGCAGCGAGUAGGGAAGUUCCAGACCGGCAAACUCCCUCAUCAGGACCUCAUCACGACACCGGAGUCCAACACGGACAUUGUACUCUGCACAGAAGAAGAAAAGGCACCGAUGGGGUCAGCAGAGAAGAAUGAAAUUCCCCUGCACACAUCAGUCUGGAUCAGUUUUGCCUGCCAGGCGCAAAGCCCAGCGCAGCGCAACGUGGCAGUGCAUUGUACGUGCGCGGAGGUGCGUGUGGGCGAGUGCGUUAGCAUGUGUCUGCGUGUGUGUCGGGACAUCCAGCCAGGAACAGAGCUGCUCAUGCUGGCUGGUGAAACCGCAGGGAAAAGUGACGCAAGAGACGGAACAGACGAACAGGACGUCUCUGGAGGUCAACAACCAGAUAACGCAGCGAACGUCACAAGGGAUGCGGAAAGGACUCUGAUGGACCUACGCGGUGUUGACGAGGAUGAAGAAGGACGGAAGCAGCAGAAGAAGAACGAGGAAGGACGGAGAAGUCCAAGCGUUAGCAACAUGGCGGCGAAAGUAGCCGCCGCUGUUACGGGACGCAAGAAGAGGAACUUCGACGUUCCGGCGCCGUCUGUCCGGUGCAGCUCUCGACUGGCCGCGAAACCACGCCGCUUUCACUGCACGAAGACCCGUGGUGCGACGCAACAUACGGAGGAGCAUCUGACAGAGGCCUCUGCAGAUGCUGCGGUUUCCGUGGAAACAUCGCCUCCCCGCGCCGCCGCUGUCGGAGCGGCGCUAAACGUGACAGUCGACGCUCCCGCCUGGCAGCCGGAGGCGAGAGAGAGGCGUUACAGGUGUUCCGUCUGUGCUAAAAUGUUCUACCAGAUUGGCCACUUGAAGAAACAUCAGUUCAGCCACACAGAAGAGAAGCCUUUCGCCUGCCAGGAAUGCGGGAAGAACUACACCUCCGCCGAGAGCUUCAAGGCCCACCAGCUGAGCCACCGUGGGGAGCGCCCGUUUUCCUGUCCUCACUGUGAGAAGACCUACGGACUGAAACGAGACCUGAAAGAGCACCUGGUCCUCCACACGGGAAAGAAGCCGUACGUAUGUGAGCACUGUGGGAAGGCCUUCGCACGCCGGCCCUCCCUGCGUAUCCACCGCCUUCUCCACUGCAGCAGAUUGAUUUACUCGCAGCCCCCAAAGUUGCAGUGUACCCUCUGCCCCAAGCUGCUGGCAAACUCCGGUUCUCUGAGGAAUCACAUGAAGCUUCACACGGGAGAGAAACCUCACGUCUGUCAGCACUGUGGGAAAACUUUCAGUCAGAAAGGGAACCUUGACAGCCAUUUGAGGAUCCACAACGGAGAGAGACCGUUUCCCUGCCCUGAAUGUAACCACAGUUUCUCUCAGAAAGCUGAACUUUGUCGCCACAUGCUUUCCCACACCGGGGGCGGUUUCCUCUGUAGCUACUGUGGAAAAUCCUUAAGGGACCCGCACACCCUCAAAUCCCAUGAAAGACUGCAUACCGGUGACAGGCCCCAUCGUUGCUCUGUCUGUGGAAAAGGCUACACAAUGGCUACCAAACUAAGGAGACACGUGAAAUCUUCCCACGGUGUAGAGAAGCCCCACAGGUGUCACUGCGGUGCCUCCUACACCCUCAGACAAAGUUUACUGCGACACCAAACGCAGCACCAACCACGCCGGGGAACCCAGGAGGAUCUGCAGGAAAAGCAAACACCGGAGACUCAACCACCAGGUUCCUCUCACCCAAAACCACUCAAAGGCCGACCCAAGAAAAAUGAUAUCUCGCAAGGAACCGCGGAUGAAAAAAUGAAAGGAAAGAAGAAUGAAAAUGAUGGCGGGAAUUUAGCGACGGAUGAGGGAGGACAAGGAGAAGAUUCAAGCGACACCCGGAAUUCUGUAUGUGUUUGCACGGACCGUGCGAGGACGCCCAGCUAUGGACCCCUGCUCCUUACGUCAAACAGCUCGCAUCCAGGAACAGGACAGGAACUGGUGGAGGUGCUGAUAUCAGAAGGUUCAGAGCAAUGCAUUGUGGUCCGAGGGCAGGACGCUGCGGAGGAGCUGAUGAUUGUUCAGGAGGAGGAACUCUGCUCCGUGGCCCAAACUGUGGAGAUAAACACGUGGUAGCCUCGCAGCGGUGUGAGCCUCCUCCCAAGAGUAAUAACCGUGUCAAAGACAACUUUACAUGAAUCAGACAGCCCAGUCGAUGUUCGAUUCCGCACAAGUAAACGAAGAGCACUGUUGAGCGUGUCCAUUAAAAGCAUUUGCCUCAUGAUAAAUAGGAAUUGAUUGAUGCUCUAUCCGUUCGAUUCCAUCAUUUCACCCAUGGGUGCGUCUCUUUUACUACCCCCCCCCCCCCCACUAUACCCCCCCCCUUCAAAUGCCUAUUGAUUUUUUUUUCAGGGUUCAUUUUGUAUUUGAAAACCACCAGUGACGUGCAAUUAGGGGAGGCAUCAUGGAAAUUAGCAUAACAAAUGAAAUAAACAACAAUAGAACAUUUUCUUCAUUCA